UGGGGUUUUUGACGUUUAAAACGUGAUUUUGGCACUUUGGGAUCGAUUUUUGAGGAAUGUGGUCGUUUUCGCUAGGCAUGGUGCCGCUGGACGACCUCUACAAGCUGAAUCAGGUGAUUCAGGAGGCUAAGCAGCGCGAACAGUGUCUCGAAACGAAACUGGCCGCCCUUCAGCGGAUCGUCGACUCGACGCGCCGAUCUGCCGACGAAAGUUGGCAGGCCUACGUCGGCGAAGAGCGGCUGCUGAGCCGCGUGUCGGUUUUGGAGAGCCAGUUGCACCAGGCCAGCAAGAACUUUGGAGAGGACAGGAUAAGAGAGGAGCUGAGUAAAGUGCAGGAACAUAACGAAGCAUAUCAAAUAGCUGCCAAAGAGGCCUUGGAAAAGCUGCACGCCGAGCGUUUAGAGGCGGUUUCCAUGGCGACGGAGCAGGAGAGGGCGCGGAUAACCGCGGAGCAGGAGGCUCUGUUGGCCAAGGAGCAGCUCGCGCAGGCGCAGGACGGAAUUAGAGGUGAGCGAUUCGAUUUGGAGAAGGUGAAACAUUGUUUGCGAUUUUCGGUUUUUCAGGAGGUCGCACAAAAGUUAACCGAAGAACAAAAGGCUGCCAGCGAGGAGAGGAGGCUUUUGGAGGAGAAAUUGCAAGAGUUGGAGGUUAAGUUUGAAGAGGAAACUGUUAAAUAUUACAAGUUGUUGCAGAUGAAUACGUAUUUUCAAGAUGGGGAUGAUCUUGAUAAAUCCCGUAUCAUCUACAACGACGUCAAAACGAAAGAAGAGUUGUUAUUGGCGGAAAACGAGGAAAAGAACGAGGAAAUUAAGUCGAACGGCGUACAAAAUCAUAUCACUCUAUCGGUGAGGCCGGUCAAAGAAGACGACGACAGUCAGAGAGAGAAGGAAGACAGGCCCGAGGACGAGAGGGCGAGUGCGGACGUUUCGUCGAGUGACGUCACGAUGCGCGACGAAGACGACGAGAAAAGUGAGGUUAGGGAGCCGCUGAAACAAGUGCACUUUAAUUUGCCCGAAGACAAGGACGAAAAUUCUUCCUUCGACGGCGACGACACCGCGAACCGCUCGCAAACGUCGGAAAUGUCGAACGACACGGUCGUCACGGCCGCCUGCACCGAUUUGGACGACGAAAGGGCGAUCGGCGACCACCGCGAAAAGUCGGACUACGUCGACUCGAAGACCCUCAAGUACCAAUACCAAUCGCAACAAAACGAGCUGAGAAAGCGCAUAGAAGUCCUCGAGACCCUGGGCAACGUCAGCAAAGCCAAGAUGGCCGAGAUGGACAGGGAGUUGAGCGAGGAGCGGGCGGGCGGGCGGAAGCGGUCGGAGGAGAACGACGGUUUGAGGAAAGAGCUGGCGGAGUUCAAGCACAGAUUGAAGGAGAGCUGCAACGAGGGGCAACAGUUAAGGGACAAAAUCGAGGCUCUGACCUUGAGGUUGCACGAGAAGAUGGAGCGGGUGCAGGAGCUGGAUAAGGAGCACAACGAGGCGCACACCGAGAAAUCCGACUCGUGCAAAGUCGUCUCGAUACAACAACUGGUAAACGUGGAGGAAGAGUUGGUUCUCCUCAAGGAACGCUUCGCCUUAACUUCCGAGGAGAAGUUGAAGCUGCAGCACGACUUGCUCAACCUGACGCAACAAUACAACGUGGUCUGCAACCGCUCGUACAACAAACACUUCUUCUACGUGGCCCCCUUGGUGAUCAUGGUGCUCUACCUGUUGGUGAGCGCGAUGAUUUCCUGAUUCACGGCGAUCCUUAUGAUUUUUUUCUAUUUCUUUCUCGAGUUUCUGCUGAAAAUCAUCAACCAAGCCACGUAGCACGCCGGCAACACUGCCGCUGCAAGCGGCGUUGCCGCCUGUAUGUACAUACCUUAUUUAUUUUGUUUUUUAUACGCGCGCGCUAUAACGAUUGGAAAUACAGAUUUUAUGCGCUCAAUCAAAAUUCGCCACUUUGCUUUUAUUUCAGUGCAAUAUUUUUAUUUCGUAACGUCUGUAUUUUCGACUUUAACGCUCUAAAAAAUUGUAAUAAUAUUAACGAUUAAUAAAAUAAGAGUGCAUUUUUUGUUGAAUGUUUAUAUAUUUGUUAAUGCUUACCUGUAAAUUUGUUUAAUAUUUCACACCCGGUACAUAUAUCUAAUAUUAAUGUUGUAUCUUUUAAAACGCCAUAUAUUUAUUUUUUAACCCAAUAUUCUCAAAUAGGAAUGUUUGAAAGUAUUAUUUUAUAUAAAUUGUUGCACUAGGAAAUUAAUUAAUAAUUAAAAUUGGUCAUAAUGUGAUUCACACACAAAUAAAAAAUUGUACAAAUUAUUAACAAAUCUGUUAUCUGCCAAAGAUAAUUUCUAGUACAAUAAAAUAAAAAUACUAGCAAUUAUAUUUGUGUCGCAGACUAUAUUUUAGUAGUGAGAAUUAUUUAUGUAUUAUUAUUUGUCCCCCUUAUUAAUUAUUAUUAGAAAAUGUAUAGUUAAUUUAAUUUUAUAGUAGUUGUAUCUAUAUGAACAAUAAUAUAUCAUGGUGUAUCUAAAGAAAGAAUAAAAUAAAAUACACAAUUA